AUGAAGUUCCACACUCUUGUCGCCUUGUCCUCGGCGUGUCUGGCUUCGCAUGCUGCCAGCUCUGCACUGCCAAGAGCAGAAGGAGCUUCGUGUUCAAGCCAGGGCGGCAGCAAUGCUCGUGUGAUUCAUCAAUUUCCAGAGGGAACCUGGAUCGAGAACAUUGCCGAGCGCCCCAACGGCAACCUGCUCGUCACCUUGCUCGACAGGCCGGAACUGCACCAGAUUGAUCCUCGCCACCCAGCGAAUGCGACGCUGGUCCACCGUUUCGCAGGCCACACCAGUCUUUUUGGAAUCGCCGAGACGUCCCCCGAUGUGUUUGCCAUCAUUGCCGGAAACUACUCCUCCGGCGCCGGAGCCCAGGCGGGCACCUAUGCCGUCUGGAGCGCGGGCCUUGCCGGCGACAAAGGCGCCCAGGUGUCCAAGGUUGCGGACAUCCCUGAAGCCAACUUUCUCAACGGCAUGACCGCUCUCGACGCAGGCGCCGGCAAGAUUCUCGUCAGCGACAGCGGCCGCGGUCUUGUGCUCCGCGUGGAUACGCUCUCCGGCGAGCACGCCACGGUGCUGGACAAUGAGGCUUUCAAACCCGCGCCAAACGCGAGUAUUGCGCUCGGCGUCAACGGCAUCAGGCUCCUCGACGGCUACCUGUACUACACCAAUACUUUUGCACCCUUGUACGGACGGGUGGCCAUCGACCGAGAGACCGGCGAGGCGGCCGGGCCAUUUGAGACGAUCAGCACGAACGUCCUGGGCGAUGAUUUUGCCCUUGACAAGCGGGGAAUCGCUUACAUUUCCGCCAACCCUCGGAAUGAAGUCGUGAGGGUUGACCAGCACGGCGGCACCGAGGUUGUUGCUGGCAAUCUCAACUCGACUCUUGUUCCGGGUCCCACCGCGGCCUUGCUUGGAAAGGUCCAGGGGCGUCGUGGCAGCCAAGUCUUGUAUGUCGUCACCUCGGGUGGCCAGGCCGGGCCUAUCAAUGGUACAUACACUGAGGGUGGUAAAAUCCUGGCUCUGGAGGUGUAA